UACUCGCGCGUGGCCACGAAGCAGAGUCCCUGUAAGGAAUUGAUACGAAAAAAAAUCAGAGAGGACCUUCAAAUUCUAAGCCGCUUGGGAAGCAAAGCGAUCCUCUUCCUCCUCCUCCCAUUCUGUGUAAUUCUCUUCAUCUGAAAAUGGGAAGAGGAAAGUUCAAGGGCAAGCCCACUGGUCACCGCAACUUCUCUUCCCCGGAUGAUAUAGCUGCCGGUACCUCUGCACGGCCUCGUACUUUCAAACGGGCAGAGGCAGUAGAAGAAGUAGAAGAAUCAGAGGGCGAGGAGGUGGAGGAAGAACCUGAGAGGCGCAAAGGCACUGAGGGACUUAUUGAGAUUGAAAAUCCUAAUUUAGCAAAAGUGAAGAACGUGAAGGCCAAAGAUGUUGAUGCGGAGAGGAAAACUGAACUCUCAAGGCGAGAAAGGGAGGAAAUAGAGAAGCAAAAGGCUCAUGAGCGAUAUAUGAGACUCCAGGAGCAAGGGAAAACAGACCAAGCAAGAAAGGAUUUAGAACGACUAGCAAUUAUACGACAACAGAGGGCGCAGGCAGCAAAAAAGCGUGAAGAGGAGAAGGCUGCCCGAGGACAGAAGAAGGCAGAGGCACGCAAAUGAGGAGAUCUGAGGGAGAAUUCUAACAACAUACUCUCACUAAUUAGUUAAAACAAAGUUCCCAUUGCGAGUUGAUAUUGCUUUUGUGCUCUAAUGAGGAUUUCACAGGUAUAUCAUGUAAAAGAUAUUACGUCCUGGGAACCAAGAAUUCUAAGUAUUAAAAUGUUUCUGUAAGAAAGGGGGAAAGCUGAUCUGGAGAUGUCGUGCGUGUAUGGAAACCAGUAUUUAAAUAUUACACAUGGGAUACAAGGUUUUACGAAUUGAUGAGUUUAUGCAAGGAAUAUGCUUAUUGAA